GCGCUUGCUCGGGCACCGGCCUUGCGCCGCGGUCAGCUGUUUGAAGAGUUUCACUUGUUCGUCUGCUAUCGGUCGCGGUUAACGCGCCUUGUCAGUGUCUCUCUCGGCCGUGCAUCGGAAGCACCGACCAAGCCGUACGAGUUACUUGAACUGUCAGACACUUUCCGGCAACUUGAGGAAGUAUUUCGUCGCAACGCCAUGGCUGGUACCAAAACAACGUUCGGCCCUGCUGCAGCGCGCAUGAGGACAUUUUGCGACAAGCGUGUGCUUUUCGCUUUGUUGAUACUGGUCGGGGCGACAAUACUGAGCCUCUUAAUUGCUGUCGUGGUACGUGCGAUACUUGUCAAGGCGCCAGACAUGCCCUGCUCUUGGCCGGGCGGCGAACAGGAGCUGGCCAUUACGGAUAAUGAGCGUCGUCUGUCCGAGAGGCUGGCAGCAGCCCUGCGGUUCCCCACUGUCAGCACAGGACCACACGAGUACAAUCGGCAGGCCCUGGUGGACCUUGCCCAGUUCCUCGAAAAAGCCUUCCCGCAGAUCCAUUCAUCCCAGCUGGUCAAACGCCAGGUGGUGGCCAACUAUAGCCUGCUUUAUGAGGUCCAAGGUUCGGACCCUGAGCUUGUGCCCUACAUGCUGUGUGCUCACAUGGACGUGGUUCCUGCUGAUCUGGCUAAAUGGCACCACCCACCGUUUGCGGGACAGGUGCUGGACGGGGAAAUCUGGGGCAGGGGUGCCAUCGAUGCCAAGGACAUUCUCAUGGGCAUCAUGGAGGCACUUGAGUUCCGUCUGGAGCAGGGAGACCUGCCCCGUCGGGGCCUGUUCUUGGCUUUUGGACAUGAUGAAGAGGUUGAAGGUCGGGACGGUGCUGCUGCCAUUGGCCGUGCGCUGCGGGCCAAAGGCGUUAAGCAGGUGGAAUUUAUUCUGGACGAGGGUAUGAUGAUCCUGGAGGGAAUGCUGCCUGGACUUCAGAGGCCAGUUGCAUUGGUGGCAGUGACGGAGAAAGGCUCCAUCAUGGCUCGGGUGUCGACACGUGGGAUCAGCGGCCACUCAGCGGCACCACCUGUGAACAAUGCGAUCGUUACCCUGUCUAAGGCAAUCUCUGGUUUCCAUGGCCAGUGCCAGCCUGCCCAGCUGAGCCGCUCGGUGGUGGCCGAGAUGCUGACAGCUCUGGCUCCAGAGGUGCCAUUCCACUUCCGACUUGCACUGGCCAACAUCUGGCUUCUUGGACCUGCCAUCACUUGGUUCAUGUCGCGGAACCAGCAGAUGGACCCGAUGAUCCGCACCACUACCACAGUCACUCGCAUUGCUGGUGGCGUCAAGGACAACGUGGUUCCAUCGGAGGCGCACGCCUACAUCAACCAUCGGGUGCACCCUUCACAGUCGGUGGCUGAGGUUGUAGAGCUUGACCGGCAGCUGCUGGGCGGACUGCCCAAUGUCUCCCUGGAGGUUCUCUAUGCCAUGGAGGCGCACCCCGUGUCACCGCACAGCGAGCAAGACCUGGGCUACCGUGCCAUCGCCUGCAGCGUGCGGAAGAUCUUUCCCGAGGCAAUUCCUGUUCCUGCCAUGUCAGUGGGAAACACGGACACGCGGCACUACCUGAACCUUACCCGCAACGUCUACCGGUUCUCGCCAGCGCACCUCACACCGCAAGAGGCCCUUCGCCGUUUCCAUGGUGACAACGAGCGUAUCUCGCGCCCCAACUAUGAGCGCCUCGUCAAUUUUUAUCGGCUCGUUAUGCGUUACGCUGAUCACGCUGGCAUUUCACCGCAGUCACGUGACGAGCUAUAGGCUGCCGAGCCUGCUUUAGCCUUCGUGUGGGCAAAGUGUGCAGCAUUGACUCGUGCAAGUUGGCCUAUGUGUAAGAUCAGAAUGAGUGAAAUGCAAUGAUUUUAGCAGUCGGCAUUCAGAAACACAAUGCAACAUACAUUGUUGUGUCGUGAAACUCUCCUGCGAAUGGUUUCAGAGUGCAUGCGUUGCUUUUGCACAAUUGCAAUAACUCUCUGCACAUAGCGCACAUGGAAAGUUCCAGUUUGUUCUGUGCAUGAAUUAUUGCAUUUCACUUGUGUUUGGUUGUACACCGCUGCAAUAUUGAACAACGUUGCACGAGUGUCAGCAUUGUGUGGAAAACUGUGGCGGGAAAUUGCAGUCAAGCUCGGAAAGUUCACUUGCAAUGCAUGUCGGUAUAUUUUAGCACAAGCAUUCUUCAUUAUGGUACGAAUCACUAAACAACGUGAUAUAUUUUAGCUAUAUAGUAUGAGUGCGCGUGUCACAAAUGUUGUGCUGCAGCAUUCCCGUUCGAUUUUUCAUAAUCACUUUGUCAGCGGAUCUGGGAAAGGAAGCAAGAAGCGACAGCAUCCACAAAUGUGGCAUAGGUGAAGCCUGUAUUUGGGACAGCCCACCAGAGGGCGGUCGUGGUCAUCCAUAUGUGCAAUUGCUAAUUUUUGCCCGUUCGGCCAUUGCGCUUGCAUCAUACGGUGCUGACUGGAUCACUGAUACGCAGUCACGCAAUAUUAUUACAUUUACACGCGCUGUAUAAGUGCAAUAAGACAUGGUACACACUCAUGUGCAAAGUGUUCGGAAUUUUACACAAAUAUUUAAUGCGUUGAUACUCUGGAAGUCAUGCUGGCAAAUUUUCCAGUGCUUGUAGCUAUUGUUUUCUUAUUGUAAUUUUUUAAAAGUUUUUCAAGCCUCAAACAACGCAGAGAUAUGCAGUAAGUUACAGAGAGCAAGGUUGUGCAUGUGGUGGGUUUUUUUUUCCCGCGUGAUGAAGUUAGAUGAAGUGUGAAAAAGAGUGAGACAAUAUUGUGCAGCAUAGUCAGUCACCAAACAGCCCAAAUAAAGGGACACUAGCAAGAAAUGCUAAGUCAUUUUAGACUGCAAGGGUAUUCUUUCCAGACUUUAUUCAGAUUUCUUUGUUUGGGGGAAAAAGAAAGUUUGCUUUUAAUGAAGAAAGUGCAGGCCAAUAUUCGCUUUAUUGCAUUUUGCGCCUAAACUGCAACGCUAGUGAUAUCAGUGUAACGUUGCAAACUUCAUAUAGCAUUUUCAUGCAACUAAACCCAUUUUUAUGCUGUAAAAGUUGCCAAGUCGAGUGUUGGCUUAGACUGGAGUCGACUGUAGCAUCUCUUUAUUGACAAAUGAUUAUCCCUGAGCAGGCACUUGCAAAAACCAUAAUGUCAUGCAAUUCUCGCAAGGUAAUCUCAAAGCAGCAUUGGCACCUGCCUUCCUUAUUUGCUUUCUUUCGGCAUUACUUAGCCUGCAUACACAAUUAGGCUGACCGAUUUGGCAUUACUGAGGCAUAGCUUGCCGAUACAGCUUGACUUGGCAUUUUUCUUUGGUGUCUCUGAGUAGUGAGGGCUGCUUCGGUCUGCAUCUCAGGGACAUAGCAUAUGAUAUGUGUCACAGUGGAUUGUCAUAUAUUUGCGCAUGUAUAGAAAUAGUUUUAGCGUCUUGCAUACACUAUAUAUAUUGUUACGCUGCCUCAGGCACAGCUGCCUGCCAGCUUUUCGCCUGCUAUUUAAGCCGCAUCAGAUGCAUGUAAAGCUUAAAUUACCACAGUCAGUGUUAGUGGUGAAAUGGAGGUGGUAGGCUAAAACUAUCUAACGAAAUAUAAGGGCCUGAAGUAGCUGUUAGUUUCAACCCUGUUUGAUGGUCACAUUGAGCUAUCUGCACCAACUUGAAUGCACACCAAUAGCAGAUGGUAAUUAAUUCAUUAGGUUGACGGCCAGCAGCCGUUCUCGAAUGUCCUUAGCAUUCAUUCAGUACAAGAAAGAGGUGGAAAUAUUAGAUUGCCCAUUUCUCGUUUCUUCCUGGGGUGCCUAUGAAGUUGUCAUCUUUCUGUGUGAUCCUACUUAUUUUGACUGCGGGAUAAGCCCACAUGGGGUUGGGCUUGCUUUUAGUUUUUUUAUGUGGUGUAGCUUAGUUUUUUAUUCAUUGAUGAGUUGUUGAGAACAGCAUGUGACAUUGUACAUGCUUGCAACCCUCUAUGUAAAUGUCCAGCUUUCUUGCAUGUCCUGGCAUAAAGAAAACUGAAGCGUAUGGCAUUUUGAACGUGUAACCUAGCCGUGUUAGUGUGACCUGAUUCUAGAUUCCUUUUUAAUGCACCUUUAUGUACUGUUGUCCAUUGUUCAUGCUUGCCCUCCAACAAGUGAGUCACAAGAGAAAAAUAUUGGUACUCAGGAUGCAAUUGUAUUUACAGUGGUCAUUUACGGGGGACCCACUUUCAGGGUGAACUCGAUGUUCAAAGUUACUCAGGCGGAUGUUGUGAGAGAGAGACUCGUAGAUUGGUGCACCACUCACCAGCAAUAUUUCCAUGCUAUAUUUACAUCUUGCACGUGAAAUUUCAUGUGAAGACGUUCAACAACAUUAGUCCUAAUGGAAGAAUUAAGGAGGAUUAGUGAAUGGCUACCUUUGUCACAUAAUGUCAUUCCGGAAAUCGCGUGAAGGUGAAAAUGCUGCUGAAAGUCUCAUUAUAGUCUAAUCCCACUACAACGAUUUGGACUGCACCAAAAUGUACAAUAUAGAGAAUAAUUUUUUUUUGUGGGUGUUAGCUGUGCUGGAACUGCCCGCUAAAACAAAUCUUUUAUUGUUUCUUGUGCGAAGAUAUCUCAAGUGUCUAGAUUCAAGUUAAAAAUCAUUGAAAGAUGGAGAAGACUUACGUCAAGCCUCUACGUGCAACAGCCGAAAUAUUCGCACCUCACUAGGAGAGUUGGAGGCUGAGAGUUCAGUCCAUGUGCCGGGCAUGACACAGUUGAAGCAUUUUUUUACCCAGCGACAAAGAUUCAGUUCGGCUAUGCAUUCACACAAUCCUGCCAGGUGCAGUGCUUCUGAAUACAGUACAGUGCUCAAUUCCCAGACACCACCGACUGACUGUAAUGGGAACAGAACGCAAAGAAAUGCUGGCUCACUCAGAUUUAGGUACACAUUACGGAACCCCUGUUGGUCAGAAUUAGACCAACGCCCUUCACUACACCAUUUCUCAGCGCCCUUCCUUUUGUUUGGGAUGCAAGCUAAAUCAGUCAACAAAUCAAAGUUGAUAAUGCCAUGAAAAGUGCCGCGGCAUCACUGUGAAACUUGGUAGAGUGCUGGGCCGACCAGGCACGAAGGAAAUGGCACGUACAAAAUCCUGCAUAUGUCCUUUGCAUCUCUUACUAGCACUCUACUAAUUUGCCGGCAAUGAAAUAACGAGCCCAACUGUCCGUCCUAGUGCCAUGGCGACUGCGUCUUUAAACAAAAGCGAUGUGCAAGAUUUGAUGCCUCAAAAUGCUGGUAACGCAAAACCGGUAGUAGCAUUUUUGACACGCUGGAGUGAAGUUUCAGUUGCGGAUAGCUCAGCAAAGCAAUUGCUAAUUAAAUAACUGCAAUACUAGGCAAUUUAUAACCUCAAUAAUGUUUUAUUGUUUUUAUGAUACCAAUGGUCACAAAUGAAGGUGACCAAAUUGUUGAAAUUUUUGAUGAGGAGGAAUGGGGGGGGGGGGGGGGGGGUGUGCUGGCUUUGCGGGUUUGAAAGGCGUGCCUAGAUAUGCAGGAUGUGUGCUCGUUUACCCCUCUCAUCUUUGAUGCAUUCAUCAUACUAUAGCAUCUUUCUGGGCACAAAAACACUGUCGCAAUGCAGUAAGCCACAGAGUGCAAAUUGAUGCUGUCAAAAGCAAGCGGGAAGGAAAGGAGUCAAGGCCAGUUAAUAUCAAAACGAAGCUUAUUCACCCGCUAUCAUGCUUAAUCUACUAUCGCUGUACAGUGCAUCUGUCUGGCUCUUUUGUCAUGCUCUUGGCAGCAGGUGGUUUGUGAACAACAGUUUUAUUGCGACAGCAAUUAUACGGACACUCCAAGCGCAUUUCUGCCGUCGUUGUCACCGUGAGGUUCUGUAUAAAGUCCAAGGGCGAUAAAAUCGUCGCCGUGUGCCGUAUUCUGUAUGUGUGAGUGAAAGCAUGUGAGGGUGAGUCGGCGAUCACGGCUCUAUCUCACACAUGCAAGAGAGCGAAGCAGGAGGGAAGCGCGCAGUCUUCAGUCGCAUGCAACGUUCCGGAGGCAGGGUUGGGGGGGGAGGGGGGGGUUUAAUCUGUGCCGCCUGAGCGACCGCAGGCGCGCGCCGGGCUGUGAGGCUCCGGGGAGAGGGCGGGAGAAGGCCGCGUACUACGCCGCGCACUCCCACACGAGCGGCUGUAUCUUGAGAGCCAUCUGCAGCAGGGGCAGUGUCCUUCCCUGCGCUGUGUUUUUGCAGCUUAGUUCGCGUUGAUGCAAGCGGUGGGCCGAAGCUCAAUUUGCUUGCUGCUGCUGCCGUGCCAGCGUUUUGACAGUGAGUUUCCAUGAUCAUCGAGUGAGAUGCUUGUUAAUUUAGUUAGUAUGCCUAUGUUUACAAGUUUAUACAGCCGAUAAAAACUACUAUCCUUACUUCAUAUAGCUGCCCGCUAGUUUGCUAUUGCAAACGAUGCUUCGCCUUUCGGACGAAACUGCGGCUUUUUUCAUUGUUGCUAGGGUCUGGGAAAUUCAUUGUAGCAGAAAUCGGCUACAGUUGGCCGGGUGCAACCAACUGGCACAGGUUUUGAAGGAGCCCAAGGCUACUCUCCUAUAAAGACUGCUGCUCCUAGGAGCAUAUCAAAGUUGACACUGUGUUGUGCAGCUCUGCGGGUCACACCUUGGGCCAUCAUGGUUUUCAUGAUAAAUUUGUGCAGCUGUCUUCCCUAAGCCUUUGCAGCACUUGAGCAUCUUAAUAUUGUGCGUACAGCGAUUCCUUCUUAGGAGGCUUGCGAAUGGACAUGUAUCUGUGGGAUGACUAAGUUCAGAUUAAGGCUAUGGGCUGCUCACCUAAUCUGGUUGCGACUAAGGAAUAAUCGAGCCCCCUGGUUUCGCUGAUUUUUCUAGCUCAAGUGCAAUGACGUGUUUUUGUCUGUCAAGGUGCGUGCUUCGAUGUACAACUGCUGUUCCGGUGGUCAGGUGUAGCUGUGAUUGCACCAACACACUGAAACGAAAUGCGAAUGCAAGAAAAACUAGAUGCAUUUUUCACACUGGUGGAGUUCAUUCGCACAGGUGCUCAGUUUUGGGUCUGGAGAACGUUUUGUGCCCAGUUGUGUACCAAUCACAGAUGCCAUUGUGAUACAGUAAAACCUCGUUAAUUCGGAUCUCAAGGGAGUGAAAAAAAUGUCCGAAUUAUCCGAAUGUCGAAUUAUCGAAUGAAUAACAAAAAACGGCACAUUUUCAAUUCUUUUAUUGUGCACCUUUACUUUGUGAAGAAGUCAGUGAUGCUCGUUUGUUUUUUCGCGGCCAGCUGGGCGGAAAGCACUAGCUUGCGGGCAUGCAACAAUCCCUCCAGCGCGAGGGUAUUGCCUGGAACAUCGUAGCAGAACUCCUCUAGAACAGCGAGAGCGUCCGCGGCUUCUUUCGCAGUACGACGCACAGGGCGUAGCUC